UUGGGGAGAUAACUUCGGCUGGUUGAUAAACUCGGCCUUUUAUAAUUUAAUCGAGUUAUCGGUUUUUUUAUGCUAAUCAAGCUUACCAUCUCGUACGAACGCUGGAAUUCAACAACAUCUGGAAAUUUUGUCAAGUUUGGUAAGAUAUUUAAAAAAUAACACAGACUUUCACCUUUUUGUUUACAAAACAUGCCUAUAAAAAGUACGGGAAAUCCGAUUCAUGUGCGCAUGCGCAGUAGAUGCUCGUUUUGAGGCCCGUACAGAGCUACUUUUAUUUAUUGGCCGACUAUCGGUAAAGCAGAUGACGUUACCAGAUGCAAUUUGUAGAUGAAAUUCAGACUCACUUUUGUCUUAAUAACUCAGAAAAAAGACUGUUUGGACAUUUAGUCACAAAUGUCAUAUUUUAGUGCAUUUGAUUGAAAUGUUUAAUGGUUUUUUAUAUAUAAAUAAAUAUAGUGGUAUUUAACCUACACAAUAAUGAUUGUGUAGGUUACAUACCACUAAAUUAAUUUCUUCUUCACUCUGUAAAAUUACGCAAAAUAUAUUUGAAUCUAUGUGUCGUAUGUUUAUAAAUGAAAAUAAAUUGUGUAUCAGAGUUUUUUUUAUAUAAGAUUGUAUAAAAGUAACAGUCCUUGUUGAAUGUAGAUAUAUGUCCCUUGAAAUUUCAAUAGUGUCUCAGGCAACUUUACACUAUGUUCAGUCUCUAAUCAGCUCUAUGAUUUAAAGUGGCCCAAUGUGUUUCAACAUUUUUUUAACAAACUAAGGGAAAAAAGCGUUUGUUUAUUUAAUACAAGGACGUUAAUUAUAACUCAAUUGUUACAACAAGCUUUAAAGUAAUAAUGAUACUUGUAUAUUAUUACAAAUAUAAUAAGGGAAUAAAAUCUAUAUUGUGAUUUUCUUAUAGCCUACAUGUCUAGUCCGAGACAGAUUUUUAAUCUAUCAUAAAAUAAAGAGUGCAUUUUAUUUUCUCUUUGUUUUUAUAAAAUAAUGAUUAUAUAGUAUAAUAAAACGUUACAAAUGUUGUUUGUUUGUCAGAAUCAAAAUGGGUAAAACAUACUCGGACAGUGAUUUGAGAAAGCUAUUUCUGCCAUCAAGCAAAACAGAAUGAAGCUAAAUCGGGCUGCAAAAGAGUUUUGUGUACCAAGAGCUACACUUUUCGACCAUAUUAAAAAGAGGGUAAAGAGUAAUCAAAGUGGACGAAGACUAGAGUUACUUGGAGCCGAGGAGAAGUCUCUUGUUUCUUUUCUGAAGUAUAUGUCAGACCAUGGAUUUCCUUUAACAAGAGCCAUGAUAAGAAUUUAUGCAAGGGAAAUUCUUCGAAGAUCAGGUCGUAACACACGGAUUAAUUUGAAAGUUGGUCCGAGUAACCAAUGGUUCAGGAAUUUUUUCAAACGGAACCCAGAAUUGUCAGAGAGGACUCCCGAAAAUAUGGAGCUUAGUAGGACCAGGAUGUCAAACCAGGCUUGUGUGGACGAGUGGUUCAUCUUUUUAGAUGGUGUCCUACAAAAAUACGGGAUAAAAGACAAGCCAGACCGGAUUUACAACUGCGAUGAAACUGGUUGGACUGGGAAAGAGUCAGCGAAAACUAAAGUCACAGGGAGGAAAGGUGGGCAUCUGUUGAAAAGAAAAGCAGCCGUCAACAGCCAUGUUACAGCUCAUCUCUGUAUUUGUGCUGAUGGGAGGUUUAUGCCGUCUAUGAUAAUAUAUCAGGCAAGUUAUUAUUUAUCUAUUUAUUUAUUUAUUUUAAAAUGAACAUUUUAAAUAUGCCAUUUAUGGUUUUAUUAGUGUAUAUCUAUUAUGUAUUUACCAAACAAUAUCUGUUUGCAGAAAUGUUUACCGCAUUCAAACUACAAAGACGGUCCUCCAUCUUCAUGGUUUUAUGCAACCUCAGAGUCGGAAUACAUGGAUGGGGAGAUUUUUUUUGAAUGGUUCGUCAAGUGCUUCAUACCUAACUGUGGCAAGGAACGUCCGGUGUGUCUCAUCAUGGAUAAUCAUGACAGCCACAUUACAUUGCCACUGGUAGAAAAGGCCAUUGAAAAUAACAUCAUUCUUAUAGGACUACCUGCGCACACCACGCACAUAUUACAGCCCCUAGAUGUUAAGAUAAUCGGGCCACUUAAAAACAGAUUCAACACCAUUGCCGAGAGAUGUGGAUUUCUUAGCCAAGGUUUUACAAUAAGCAAAGCAAAGUUUCCACUUCUCCUCAGUUAUGCCAUUGAUCAGACAACUCCUGCUUCAGUUAAAGAUGCCUUUAAGACAACAGGAAUAUAUCCUCUUUCUGUAGAUGCUAUAGAUAAAAGUCAGUUAAUACCAGCAUCAUUCAAGCAACCUGUAACAGAAAAUGCUGGCACAGCAGAAUUAAAGACAUGUCCUACGUGCGGUGUCUUUAAUGUAAAUCCACUGUUAAAAGAUGGACUUGUGCCAAAAUCACUUGCUGACGUCCUAAUGCCACCUCCAGCAAAACCACUUAGCCAAAAGAGAACGUCAAGGAUGAUCCUUGAAGGCAGAAUCAUAAGUGGAGAUGACAUGUUAAUGAAAUUAAAAGAGAAAGAAAAGGCACUGGAAGAGAAGAAAGAAAGACAGGAAGAAAGAAAGAGAAUACGAGAGUUGAAACAAGAAGAGAAGGCAAAGAAAGAAGAAAAGAAAACCAAAAGAAGGGAAGAAAAGUCAAAGAAGUCAGCGAGAAGAGAUGUAUCUUCACAGUCAGAAAAGCGGGACAGGCCUAGUAGACUAGACAACCCUAUGUAUACAUGUACUUGUGGAGUUUGUAGUGUGCGUGGGAGAGUGGAUGAUGAAGCGCGUGGUAUAGAGUGGGUUGGAUGUGAUGAAUCUAUGUGUCUAGCGUGGUACCACUUAGAUUGUUUAUGCACUGAAGAAAAAGAGUAUAUACGUGAAAGCUUGUCCGAUGGUAAUGACUGGUAUUGUAAAGUUUGUAAACCUUGGUUAUAUAUGGAGGAAUGAACGAAUGAAUAAGUAAAUGAAUGAAUGAAUGAAUGAAUGAAUGAAUGAAUGAAUGAAUGAAUGAAAAGAAUUAAUGAAUUAACGAAUGUUUUGUUAAUAUGAAACUGUGUGUUGUACAGAAAAAUGACCUACCGAUGUUCUAUUUUAAAUGUUACUACUAAAGUUAGAUCAUAUCAAUUGUUGUAUACGUACGUUCCUAAGGUAUGAAUAUAAUAUCAUAUCUGUAUGUGAUUAUUAGUUUCUGAUAAUUUGUGAU